GAGUCAGGACAACGCUAACCAAGACAAACCUAUCUAUGGGCAGUUGUCAAGCAUGAACCCCAGUGUUUCUGAGAAUGCAAGCUUCAAAGAGACCCAGCAGGAUAUUGUUGACGUAAGAAGCCAGAUGCCGCCAUUGGCUCCCUUAGGUGGGGGUAGUAAGCCGCGUGUGGAAAACGUGGCAGCUGAAACGAAACCUCUUGAAAUGCCAGUGUUAAGUAAUACACCAGUGGAUAGCACAGGCACUGAGGUAGGAGAGGAUAGCACAUCUCCUAAAGGGGCAGCAAUUGGGGAUCGUUCGAAACGAUUUAGCCGCGACCGGCUUCGUGCCACUAUAGACAGCCCCUGCCCUAUACCCCCUAUGACCCCACUAACCCCAGCUAUGACCCCUGUUAUGGUGGGGAUACCAACAGGACCAAGUGAUUCAGCAGGAGCAUCCAAGGAAGGCAACUCUGCUUCUUCCACAAGCAGCCAACCUAUUGGUAGCAAUGUGUUCCUAUUUCCCCCCACCCAUAUAAGUCGUCGUGUGGCAGCACUUCGCUUACAAGGCCACACCACUGACCACCAGAAACUUGAUAAAUCUAAAUCCCCUCAAGAAGCAUCACCAAAGAACAGCGAGAGUGGGAAUGAGGAAAGCAAUGAUACAGAAUCGACAACUAAGAAGACCUCAUCGUCAAGUAGUGCUACCAACACCGCAUCUUCUAGUAAAACUACAUCAGGCUCGCUUAACUCUGCAGCAUCACUCGGUUAUAUCUCAGAAUCCAUCUUGCAAGGUGACAAUGCACUUCUAGUUGAUCUCUCCCAAGUUAAAAACCUUCCCCUACUUAGUCUACCUUCAGCUGGUUGGUCUGAAGAUGCCAACAUGUCCAACGUAGCUGUCAAUCAAAGCAGUCCAACAAACCCAGAGCAACAAUUGAAAACUCCCACCCAAGUCCUACACACACCAACCCAACAUGUUAGUACACCUGUUCAACAGCUACACACCCCUACCCAACCCCUUAAUACACCAACACAGGCGUUACACACACCCACCCAGCCAUUAAACACCCCCACACAACCACUCAACACACCCAACAAUGACUUAGAAUCCCCGGCCAACCCCCCAACACAAACCCAGGAUUACGAAUCCCCAGUCAAAGUCCUCAUGCAACCUCCUGCUGGGAAGAAACGGAAAACAGAAUCCGAUUUAGAGUCCGAAAAGAUGCAGAAGACAAUUCGAUUCCACCAUUUCACCCCAAGUGACUUUAAGGGUGGGGAGGUAAAUGUUUCGCAAUUUCGUAAACCAAGUGAGUUCGUGAACGUACCAGUGGAGUCUGACAUUGCAAAGCGGCGACGCAAGCCACGGAAACAAAACAACCCCCAAAACGUUGGCACCAAUGAAGUUAUUGACGUUGACGGGGAUAAAUCUGACCACAGCGCGGAUGAUGAUGGGAAUGAAAAGGUUGAAGCUCAAGAUAAAGAACAACCUGAUAAAGAUGUAGGAGGAGCUGACCACCUCCCCGCAACGAUGCAGUAUCCUCUCCAAACACCAUCAGUCCUUCAACGCAUCACUCCUAUAUUCAACCUUCCAACAACAUCAUCAGAUGAUCAACGGUCAAACUCCCAGACGCUCAACACCCCAGUUUUCAUCCACUCAGCAGCUUUCAUGACCCCAUCAUCACGACUAAGCUCUUCUAUUCUCCACCGAGCCUCCCCUGCUCAAUCUAUCUCAUCCACGCCACAGUUUUUCACUUUCAUGCCAACAUCCGGGUUCCAAACCCCGACUGUGUUUUUCACCCCCCCAGAAUCUGCAGACAAAACAAAAUCUGCAAAAUCUAAACCAGCGGAUCAAAGUGACACCGACAAGCCUGCCAACCCUUUGAAACGAAGCCACAUGACACUUACGUUCGCUCAACCCUCAUCAAAAGACGACCCACUACAAACCCCAUCAAAAAUAGCAGUAGUUACACCCACUGCUAAUAAGGAUGAUGACCUUCAAACUCCUUCCAAGAUCCCUGUUGUAACCCCAAGCUCCACUUUCAACCCAACAACAGCUGCUCCACAAAUCUUUUCCUUCCAAGAUUCUUCUGCAAAGCAAGAUAAAUCCAAACAAGACCAGAACCCCAAAUCCAGCCCGGAAAAAACAUCAAAAUCCAAAAAGUCGGAGACCCCAACAAAGGAGAUACCUAAGCUUGUAGUUGAACCACCUUCUGAUGGUGAGAGUGAAAAACAAGGGGAAACUUCAAAAGAUUCUUCCAAAUCUACUCCUAAAGAAACAGCUACAGAUCAAAACAAUAACAAGCCCCCCACCAUGUCCAAGCAAACCCUACACAGGGUAAGAUCUGGGGGUAAGGGUGAUCUGGUGCUUUCCCUCAGCCCCACCCCUGAUGAAGGAGGGUUGAAGUCGCCACUAAAUACGCCAUCGGGAAUAAAGGUCAUCACCCCGACCAUGGCAACCACAGCCACCCCUAAGUUGGGCUCCCCCCUACAAAGGUUACCACCUGGUAUAAGGGUGCUACCCCCUUCCAUGAUGAUGGCACCCAUGUGUGUGUCAGCCAACCCUACACAGUCAACUGCUUCAGGAAUGCAGGUCCACACCCCGACUUUAUUCCACAUAAUCAGCCCAUCCCAGGCCACACCCCCCUCCCCAUCUGUCCUCGUUUACCCGUUUGGUCCCCGUGGGUUUGCUGGCUUGUCGUCAGUAAGAAAUACUGGCCCACUGUCUUGUGGAAGUUUGGGUAGUUCUCCUGGGUUUAACCUCCUCCAGCGAGGCACAACACCAGUUGGUGGCGGUAGUGGGUCGCUACUCAAAUCAGCGCUCAUGAAAACAUGGCCAGUGUUCCAGUUUCCCCCGAGGGGCCAUCUUCCCUCAGAGACGGAGGAAAAGACCCCCGAAGUAGAAGAAGGGUUUGUGGAGCAAGGAGCUGACGCCCAAACUUCAGAGAAUCCCACAAACGAGGAACUACGGGGCAAACUGUCGGGUGCAAACGACCCUUGCUUAUCUGAGGCUGCUGAAAAUAUUUAAAAGUUCCAAACUUUUCGUGACCUUGGUGCCCUAAAAAUUGACGUCUAUGAAAUUUGGUGCCAUGAACCUCCGUACCGUGGAGUUUGGUGCCGUAAUCCAAGGUGCCCUGAAGUUUUACCACCUUAUGCCAUGUUUUGUUGCUCUUUGUAAAUAUCCGUUACUGAUUUUUGUCAAAUUUGAGAUUUUUGAAUCGGGCACAUUAUACUGCCCGGCUUAUGUAUUAUAGUUUCAUUUAUUGUUACAUUAUAACGAUUGUUCCUAUGUCACAAUGGUGCUUCACGGAAGCCAUGGAAAAAAGGUUUCUGCCAUUUUUAAAGUUUAUUGUUUUAACAUUUUAUCAAAUCUGUACCUUAGUCCUGAAGAGCCUUUAGGCUCAAAAUUUUUACAUUUUUCAAGUUCAAUUGGUGCUGGCUUUGUUUUUAUCUCCCGUGUAUUUUAAAUCAAUGAAGACGGACCGUUUCACGUCUUUACCCAUGAAUUUAUCUUCUCCGUAGCAAAACGUUUUGUUGCAAUCGUUUCACAAGUUUCUGUAACUUUUUGUUGACUGUGCUUGUUCAUUAGCAUCGUGGGUGUGUACCUUAUGCACUUAAACCGACGCUUUUACUAAUUCUUUGUUGCUAACCGUUCGCCGCACUAUUAAACCCUCAUUCUGUACAAAUCGCUCAAAAAACGGCCUCGUCCGAAAACCAAAUAAAAUAAAAUUACUGCGUAUCGUAAAAAA